CAGGAAGUAGUCGCGUCGUUCCGGAUAAAGCUUCUUGCAUGUGCUUUGGCCCUUUCCUUCUUCAUCAGACAAUGGCCAGCCGUAAAGAAUCCGCUGCUUCUGGCUCCAGUCCGCUGGAGACCCCGGUGAAACAGAUCCAGAUCGAUGGGCUGGUGGUGUUGAAGAUCAUUAAGCACUACCAGGAGGAGGGCCAGGGUAGUGAGGUGGUUCAGGGUGUUCUGCUUGGACUGGUGGUUGAAGACAGUCUGGAGAUCACAAACUGCUUCCCCUUCCCGCAGCACACUGAAGAUGAUGUCGAAUUCGAUGAAGGUGAGGUGCACGGCAAUCUCCAGAGCUCCAUUCUCUGGACAGUUAAUCAUUGAUGAUUGCACUCGGCG